CCUCCAGACAAGCCAUUGGUUGCUUUUGAACGUUCUGAACCCGCCCUGGGUCCGCCCUUAUAAAAGACUGGCUCCAGCGCUCAGCCCUCUCAUUGUACAACCUCCCUCCAACUUCUGCACUCUCUCCCUGCGCUUCCCUCGUAGGCUCCUCCGCUCCCCUCCGCCUGUCCUCAGGAUCAUGAAGGUCGCCAGUGGCAGCGCCGCGGCCACCGCGGGCCCCAGCUGCUCGCUGAAGGCCGGCCGGACCGCGGGCGGCGCGGGCGAGGUUGUGCUCGGCUUGUCGGAGCAGAGCGUAGCCAUCUCGCGCUGCGCCGGGACGCGCCUGCCGGCCCUGCUGGACGAACAGCAGGUGAACGUCCUGCUCUACGACAUGAACGGCUGCUACUCACGUCUCAAGGAACUGGUGCCCACCCUGCCUCAGAACCGCAAAGUGAGCAAGGUGGAGAUCCUGCAGCACGUUAUCGACUACAUCAGGGACCUGCAGCUGGAGCUGAACUCGGAAUCCGAAGUCGGGACAGCCGGAGGCCGGGGGCUGCCCGUUCGGGCUCCGCUCAGCACCCUGAAUGGCGAGAUCAGUGCCUUGGCGGCCGAGGUGAGGCGGCAUGUGUUCCAGCCGACGAUCGCAUCUUGUGUCGCUGAAGCGGCGCACUGAGGGACCAGAUGGACUCCAGCCCUUCAGGAGGCAAGAGGAAUAAAGUGCUCUAGGUUCCCCAGGGGAGCCCGGGAAAAGACUACCGCCGCCACCGGACUCUUGGCGGAUCUGGCCAGGGGGCUAGAGGGUUGACCAGCGGAGGCUCACCCUCUCUCCACCUUUCAGCACCCAGAGACUUUGGGGAAGGGGUUAACCAACCCCGUGUGUUUCUAUUUUUUGAAAAGCAGACAUUUUUUUUAAAUGGUCACAUUUCGUGCUUCUCAGAUUUCUGAGAAAAUGUUUUGUAUUGUAUAUUACAAUGAUCACUGGCUGAGAAUAUUGUUUUACAAUAGUUCUAUGGGGGUGGGCUUUUUGUUGUUAUUAAACAAAUACUUUAGAUAA